AUGACGAUUACACACGAGCAGCAACAAACUUGCCAACCUCUCCAUCGCCCAACAUGGCGAUCAUCAAACGGACUCGGCCGUCUGCGCAACCGCUUCCAGAACCUGCCAACGGAGGUCCUGCUCGUCAUCAUAGAGCACGUCCUCCAGCCCGAGGCUCAAAAGCCGAAAAUGCAAGCCCUCGCGGGGCAUCUCUACCUCGGCCUCCUCAACGACAGAUUCCGGGAGUUGAUCACACCCAUCCUCGAGUCCCACGUGCGCAGCAACUUCUCCCGUAACACAAACGCAAGCAUGGGCACGCCCUCACAGAAAGAUCCGGGCGGGUUAUACUCGUACAUCCUCAUCCUCUCCACAAUAAGAGGGUUCCCCGAAGGAGUCAACGCAGCCCUGGACCUCGGCGCGGGUAUCAACGCCAACGACGGCAUCGACAAGUCCCUCGCAGCCAACGAGAUUCUCCACGGCAAGCCGGAACCUAAGGGGUCAUGCUUGACCUCCCUCCACUGGGCGGCCUUUAAUCGUGAUACUGCGAUGCUCCGCCUCUUACUAGACCGAGGCGCCGACGUCCAACGCACGACACACAGCUCCAUCGACCGCAACCUGAUCCGGACGCCGCCCCCGGAUUCGCCCUUGAAGCCAAACAAUCGCUACAAAAUCAAUAUGACGACGCGGGUGAAUGCUCUGGGUUUCGCGCUGCAGGCGAAUUACAGCCUCUUGCCUGGCGGCAUGACGGAGCAGCAGCAUCGGGAGCGGGAGUUCAAGGACGCCUGUGAGCUGGGGCGGUGGGGCGUUGCGCGGGAUAUCUUGGCGAAUACGGAAUGGAGGAGAAGGUGCGCUGAGAGGGAUGAGUAUAAUUUGCGACCGUCUGCGCCAUGGUCUCUUGUGCGUGCUGUGAGGAGAAGGAAUCCUAGUCGGCGGGUGGUGAGCUAUCAUGCGAAUGAGUGGUGA